AUCAUACAUCAAACGUUUCCUUGAGACAGUAGGAAUAGUGAUUUCCUUCAGCCGGUGAUGCUAACGUGCGCAGCCCCCCCUUUUUCUCCACUCUCUCUCUUAGAAGAUUUCACUCACGCGACCUAAGGAACAACAGCUUCAACAUUCAGGUGUGGAAAGUGUUGAGUUUAGCAUAAUUGGAUGUUUUUUUAGUUACUGGAAACUGAAAUAGUAUUGUGGAAUUGUUUGCAUUGGUUCAAAGGGAGAAGAUUUGUGUCUUAGGAUAUGAAUGUUGUUGUUGUGUUUAUGAAAUUGGGGUUUGUUUGGAUGAUUCAGUAAUCUCGAAGGGUUGUAUUUUGUAUGUUGUAUGUGAGAAGGAUUUUUUGCUAGGGUUAUAUGUGGAGGGAGGAAGUGUAAGCUUAUUGAUACCCUAAGGAUUUGUGAAAUUUGGAUUUGUUUUGCUGAUUUAGUGUUUGGAAGGGUUGUCUGUUAUAUGUGGAGGGAGGAGGUGUAAGUAUAAAUUGAUAACCCUAAUAAGGGUUUGCUAGAUAUGGGGGAGGAAGAGAAUGUUAAGUUAGGGUUGGAGAGAGGAACUAAGAAGCGGAUUGAGAUGAAGUUUGAUUCAGGAGAUGAUGAGCCUAUUGGGUCUUUGUUGAAGUUAAAAAGCAAAAAACACUCGAAGAAAGCGAAGGUGGAUUUAGGUGGUAGUAAGGAUGUAAUUCAGAAAACGGUGGUUAAGGGUGAAGAUUUGGUUGGCAUGGAUGAUACAUUAGCUAGUUUUAGGAAGAAAUUGAGGGGUCCGAAGAAGAAUAGUGGAUCUGUGUCAACAAUUGUUAAAAGUUCAAGUAGCAAUGCCAGUAAGUUAACUGGGGAAUCUCCAGAUGGGUCUGUGAAGGUAGCGGCAAAAAUUGUGGAAAAGAGUCUGUCAGAUGUUGAAUGUCUAUCUGAAGGGAUAAUUGAUAAGGGUUUCGAGAAAGGGAAUAAGAGAAAAGGUAAGAGACCAAAGGUUUCUUCGGAGCUGAAGAAAGUGGAGAUAUCUGGGGAUAUGUCCUUGCAAAAUGAUAAAGAGAGUGGAAAAAGCUCUCCGAAUUGCAUGGAUGGAAUUCUAGAAGAUUCACUAUCAGCUUUUCUGAAGAAAGCACAAUCUGGUUUUAUUAAGAAAUCACACAGCUCUUUGCAGUUGAAAAGAGGGAAGGAAAGUGAAGUUUUAUGUGAUGUUUUGAACUCUAGCCCUACUGCAACCGAAAUCUUUCCUUCCAUAUCCACAAAUAUGUGCCAGAAAUUGGGUGAAGAAAUUCCUGAAUCCAAUGAGGAUGUGCAUGUGUCACUUGAUGGAGGUUCAGUCGAUAUGCACUUGUCUGAAAAUAAAGAAUUUGUGCAAUUCAUUCAAUCACAAUCUGAUUCAAAGCCAGAGCUUUCUUUGUCUGCAUUGAACAAUGUUGAGUUGUUGAAAUCAAGCAUCGCCAUAGAUGAUGCAUCUUCCAUUGAAGGAUCUCAAUUAGAUGUACCAGCAUGUUUUAAUAAGAUCGCAGGUGUCCUAGAUGGUGAGGUCAAAUGUCACAGUAAACUUAGUGAGGAGGGAACUGCCACAACAAAUAAUAUUGUGGGUGGAAAUUGCAAAGAUCUUCAUGAUGAGGAUGUCAUGAAGAACUGUUCUACUUUUCAUGAACAGUCUGCUUCCAAGGAUCGUUUUAGUGAUCGUCCAAUGGCAACAGGUCGUGAUGUUUCGUCUGCAGAUACCAUUACUCCUGAGAAUGUUGAGAUGCUUGAGCAUCCCACGAUAAAAACCAAAUUCAAUGCUGAUAUGGAUGUGAACUCAAAUGCAAUUUUAAGCAGCCGAGAAACUCAUGUAGAUGAUCAAAUGUGCUCUUCAAAUCGAGCAGAUGAUUCAGGUUCUUGUAGAAGUGUUCAGUUAUUGAACAAACUUGAUCAUACAUCUCAAGGAAGCAUUGGAAAUGUGUUUAGUCGAACUUUGAUUUCGUCCACUUCCCGGUUGGAAGGUUCAACUGCAGCCAAGGAGAACACAGACAUGGAAGGUUCUGGGUAUGCUCAAGUUCGUUUGACGCCUGAUUUUAUUGCAGCAGAGAAGUGUUCAAGUGACUUUGAUGAUCAGCAGCGAAUUUCUGUUGAUUCUGUUUAUGAGCAAACUUGUGCUCCAGUUUCUUUGCCAAAGGAGGGUGGUCAAGUGUUUGUGGGUGGGUCAUCUCCAGUGUCUGUAGGAAGGAGUCAGCAAGUUAAUGCCAGCCAGAUGAAGCAGGAGGACCAAAUCAUGGAGAAUAGUAAUGACUUAUAUGGUUCUUCCAAACAAAUGACUAUUGAUAAUGCUGCUAUCUCAUUGCGCAAAUGCAGUUCGGUUUUCCAUCAGAGUGAACUGGCUGAUGAGAAUUGUGAAGGUUCACAUCAUCAAAGUCGUGUCUUUGUUUAUGGAGAUGAUGAGGCUGAUGGCACAUCUUCUCCGUCAAUUACACCAGAAUGUGAUGAAAGUGUUGCUGAAGAGACUGAGUCUAAGCUGGCAGCUGAAGAAAAAGAGCAGAGACUCUUUUCAGGUCAACGUGCUUCACGCAAGACUAAAAAGCGUAGGCACGGGGAUAUGGCCUAUGAGGGGGAUGUGGAUUGGGACGUUCUGGUGCAUGGGCAAGAUUUUUUUUUAAGUCAUCAAGAUGGAGAGGGUAGACAUGACUUCAAAACAAGAGAGAAGCUUGACUCGUCGUUGAUAGUUAUGGAUACUGAAAAUGGCGGGGUAGCAGCAGUAUCUGUUGGACUUAAAGCUCGUGAAGUUGGCCCAGUAGAAAGAAUCAAGUUUAAGGAGGUCCUGAAGCGCAGAGUUGGACUCCUAGAAUUUCUGGAAUGCAGGAAUCAAAUUUUGAGCCUUUGGAAUAAAGACAUCAGUCGCGUCUUGCCACUUUCAGAAUGUGGAGUGUCUGAAACCCCUUUAGCGGAUGAGUCACCUCGGGCUUCUUUAAUUAGGCAAAUUUACUCAUUUCUUGAUCAAUGUGGCUACAUAAAUUUUGGAAUUGCUUCUGAAAAGGAUAAAGCUGAAAAUGGUGUUGAACACAACUUGAAAAUUUUGAAGGAAGAAAAGACUAUAGAAAAGUCUGGAGCUUCUGUUGCUGAUAGAGACGAUGGAGUUUCUUUUAUUCUUGGGAGGUCAAAGAGUUCUGAGAUUAUCAUGCCGGAGAAGAAUGAUGUCUUAUCUGAUGAAGGGAAAAAGACAGAAAAAUGUGGAGCUGAUUGCCAGCUCAUUGAUAGGCGGGCCAUAGAGUUACCGGCUUUAGCAGAGCCUCAAGAAUGUCCUGUUGAUGAUUGCCGUGUAAAUGGUUAUCCUGAUAUUCAGUCACCGCGUCAACCGUUUGAUCUAGGUUUAGUUGCUCAAGUGCCUUCAAGUGAAGUUAAGGAUAGUGAAUUACAGAAUAUUGUAGAUCCAGAUCUUUUGCCUCCCAACAGUACAGAGAUUGAUGUUAGAGCAGCCGAUAAACAUCUUCUGAUUUCAGAAGAUUCUUGUGGGUUCACACCUAACUCAUUAGGGAGUCAAAGGCAAAACACGUGCUGUGAUGCUAAAGGGAAAAAAGAAAUAAUUGUUGUUGGUGCUGGUCCUGCUGGCCUAACUGCAGCACGGCACCUGAAGCGCCAAGGUUUUCAUGUCACCGUGCUCGAGGCCAGAAGUAGAAUAGGUGGUCGUGUUUUUACCGAUCGCUCGUCUCUCUCUGUUCCAGUGGACCUUGGUGCUAGCAUUAUUACUGGUAUUGAGGCAGAUGUGGCGACUGACAGAAGACCAGAUCCUUCUUCAUUGAUUUGUGCACAGUUGGGUCUUGAAUUGACUGUAUUGAACAGUGAUUGUCCCCUGUACGAUGUAGCUACUGGCCAGAAAGUACCAGCAGAUCUGGAUGAAGCAUUGGAAGCGGAAUUCAAUAGCUUAUUGGAUGACAUGGUACUGUUGGUUGCUCAAAAAGGGGAGCAUGCGAUGCGGAUGUCCCUGGAGGAUGGUUUAGAAUAUGCCCUUAAGAAGCGCCAGAAGGCCCGUUCCGCAAGAAAUCAUAUGGGUAAUGAACCACAAAAAUCAUCAGUGACAGCAGUGGAAUCCACGGCACUUUCUGAUGGUGGAGUUCCUCAAAAUAAUAAUUCUAAGGUAGAGAUCUUGAGUCCCCCAGAGAGGAGGGUAAUGGAUUGGCAUUUUGCUAACUUGGAGUAUGGUUGUGCUGCAUUGCUUAAAGAAGUCUCUCUUCCUUAUUGGAAUCAGGAUGAUGCAUAUGGAGGUUUUGGUGGAGCUCAUUGUAUGAUUAAAGGCGGCUACAGCUCCGUUGUUGAAGCACUAGGUGAGGAACUUUGCGUUCACUUGAACCACAUUGUUACUGAUGUUUCAUAUUGCAAAGAAGAUGUUCCAUCAAAAAAUGAUUUGUUUAACAAGGUAAAAGUCUCCACGACAAAUGGACGAGAGUUUUCUGGAGAUGCAGUCCUUAUUACAGUUCCAUUAGGGUGUCUUAAGGCGGAAGCCAUUAAAUUUUCACCACCUUUACCCCACUGGAAAGAUUUAUCUAUCCAACGGCUUGGCUUUGGUGUUCUUAAUAAAGUUGUCUUGGAGUUUCCUGAAGUAUUUUGGGAUGAUUCUAUUGAUUACUUUGGUGCGACUGCUGAAGAUACAGACGAGAGGGGCAGAUGCUUUAUGUUCUGGAAUGUCAAGAAAACUGUUGGGGCACCUGUUCUUAUAGCGUUAGUGGUUGGAAAAGCUGCUAUAGAUGGCCAGGAAAUGAGCUCCGAUGACCAUGUAAAGCAUUCGUUACUGGUUCUGCGGAAGCUUUAUGGUGAGAAAAAGGUACCUGAUCCAGUUGCUUCAGUGGUCACCAACUGGGGAAAAGAUCCUUAUAGCUAUGGGGCUUACUCUUAUGUGGCUGUAGGGUCAUCGGGAGAAGAUUAUGACAUAUUGGGCCGGCCUGUGGAGAACUGUUUAUUUUUUGCAGGUGAAGCUACCUGCAAGGAGCACCCUGACACGGUUGGUGGUGCAAUGAUGAGUGGGUUACGGGAAGCUGUGCGCAUAAUUGACAUAUUGACUACAGGCACUGAUUACACAGCAGAAGUAGAGGCAAUGGAGGAUGCAAAGAGGCAUUCAGAUGUUGAAAGGAGUGAAAUAAGGGACAUUAUGAAGAGACUUGAAGCAGUGGAGCUCUCAAGUGUUUUGUGCAAGGAGUCUUUGGAUGGGGUGAAGAUCGUGACCCGGGAGAAUUUGCUAAGGGACAUGUUCUGUAAGGCCAAUACAACAGCAGGAAGAUUGCAUCUCGCAAAAGAAUUGUUGAAACUUCCGGUAGAAGUUUUGAGAUCUUUUGCUGGAACUAAAGAAGGGCUUAGCACACUUAAUUUGUGGAUGCUGGACUCCAUGGGAAAGGAUGGGACCCAACUCUUGCGUCAUUGUGUUCGUGUACUAGUACUGGUUUCAACUGAUUUGCUUGCAGUCCGACUGUCAGGCAUUGGGAAAACGGUUAAAGAAAAAGUCUGUGUGCAUACUAGCCGUGACAUACGUGCUGUAGCAAGUCAGCUUGUCAAUGUAUGGAUAGAACUUUUUCGAAAGGAGAAGGCUGCUAAUGGUGGUCUGAAAUUACUAAGACAAUCCACUGCCACUGAUACUUCGAAGAGCAAACACAUUGCAGCACCUGGCAAACCACCUAUUCGCAAUCAUCCUUCAGCAGUAGACAGUAAACGGAGUUCUAAAGUUUCUUCAUCGGCUGGAAAUCACUUAGCUGUUAAUGUCAACAACAAGAAGCUGAAUGUCAGGCAAGCCACGUUAGGAACUAUUCCAGUUGUUGAACCAUCAACCUCUCAAGCUUCAGUAGGAAGGCAAAAUGAUACCACUGAGGAAAGGCAAAAUUUCCCCAUGUCUGAGGAAGAGAAGGCUGCGUUUGCUGCUGCAGAAGCUGCUCGCCUUGCUGCUCUAGCAGCUGCUGAGGCUUAUGCUUCAUCUGGUGCCAAGUGUAACAUGCCACUGCAGCUUCCUAAGAUACCCUCAUUUCACAAAUUUGCUCGACGGGAACAAUAUGCAAAUAUGGAUGAGUCUGACAUCAGAAGGAAUUGGCCUGGCGGUGUGGGAGGAAGGCAAGAUUGUUUAUCCGAAAUUGAUUCUCGCAACUGCCGGGUGAGGGAUUGGUCUGUUGAUUUUUCUGCUGCUGGUGUGAACCUUGACAGUUCAAAAAUGUCUGUUGAUAAUCGCUCACAGCGUAGCCUCUCAAAUGACAAUGCAUGUCAGUUUAACUUUAAGGAGCACUCUGGAGAAAGUGCACCUGUAGAUAGUAGUAUAUUCACCAAAGCAUGGGUUGAUAGCUCAAAUAGUGUAGGGAUAAAGGAUUACAAUGCCAUUGAAAUGUGGCAAUGUCAAGCAGCUGCUGCUAAUUCAGAUUUCUAUGAUCCAGUGAUGCAUGUCACUGAUGAAGAGGAUUCAAACGUGAGUUCCAAAAUGGAUAUGAGAAAGCAUGAUGUGUUAGUGUGUGAAAGCUCUGCCUCACAAAUUACUGUAAAUAAAGAGGCAUUAGAUAAUCAACCGAGAGGAGCAGAAAGAAUUAAGCUGGCUGUUGUUGAUUAUGUUGCGUCUUUGCUGAUGCCUCUUUAUAAAGCAAGGAAACUCGACAGGGAGGGGUAUAAAUCCAUAAUGAAGAAAACUGCUACAAAGGUAAUGGAACAUGCCACAGAUGCUGAAAAAGCCAUGCUUGUGUACGAGUUUCUUGAUUUCAAACGUAAAAACAAGAUUAGAGAUUUCGUGGACAAGUUGAUUGAAAGGCAUAUUCAGAUGAAGCCGGGUGCAAAAUCAUAAUGGACAAAGGAUGAGCAGUCACUCUUAUUGAUGCUUUACCGCAGGGUGAUUAGUCUCAUCAACUUUUUCAUGAGUGGGUGCAACAAUCAUCGACGAGUGAGGAAUGCAGGCUUCAUUGAACAAUUAUCCUUGCCAAGCUAGUUGUUGUCUUCAGAGACUGUUUUGUUGAGCGUAUCAUGGACUGUUUAUUGUAAGAGACUGAUUAAUUGUCCUGCAAAUUUGAGACUUUUGACAUUUCUGUUGCGGUGUGUCUGCAAGAAACAUUCUCAAGGUGGCAAAGUCGGUGAAAACAUGUCUGUCAUGUGAAUGUUAUACUACUACUCCUGCUGACUGAUGUGAAUUCCUUCAGAGAUAGCAAGAUUAGGUUUAGAAUUGGUAGUCAGAUUUGAAGUUGUAUUAUAUAGAAGAAAAGUAGCCCUUUGUUUCUUUCAGUUCAGGGUUCCCCUUUGAUGAACAAUCACUUCUGACUUUUCUUUAGUUUUGGUAUGUGUACAGCUCAGGAUUGUUAUCAUUGGAACAAAUAUACAGAACAUUUUGAGGGCGUCAUAUGCUUCCUUCAUUUUGAAAUAUUGAUUUCUCAGAAUAAGUAAAAACAAAACCCUCCUUCUAUCUCCCCUCUUAA